AUGCACGCACAAUACGCUACUUCUACAGCAACCAAAUUCAACCGCUCAAGUCUUCAUCUCAGCGCCACUUCUAACAAUGGCAGACCCCUUAUGGAAUUUUCAAACGAACAGUCAGUCACCUGGCUCACAGCUAUCACGACAAAGUGGAAUGAACCGAAUGAUAUCGUAAGAAUUGUGACGACCUCCGAAACUAAGAAAAGUAAAAGUCGUCGUUUCAAUCAGGAACGAGUUGUUACUGCCUUGGCUCAUACAAGAUGGCUGAUACUGUCCGUGGAAUCUGGCAAUCCACACCCAGAGAGUCUCGUUGACCUUCAUGAGCAAUUCGGAAGAGCCAACAUCUGCCGUGCCGCCCUUGCUAGCUACGAUGGAAUGUACUUCUUUUUCAACUGGAACCGGAAAGAACAGAAAGGCUGA